GAUAAAUUGACAUUUUGUCCUAACUAUUGCCGAUUGAGUGUUUGAAGGUACUUUUCACCGUCACUCAAGGACAACAGUCUGCGCGGAAAGUGGUUACUGCUCGUGAGAUAACUGAGACCAUGGUUUGCGAAUGUAAUGUAAAAUUGAGCUGGAUUCUUCACAGUAUACAUGCGUUGUGGUUGAAAGACAGAUAUCUUGUCUACCUCAUAGGCAGCGGAAGGUAACAGUGGAUUUCAAUUCAAGGAAUUAGAUAUUUUGAUCAACUUUAAAUUGUCACCUCCUAUGAACCAUACAAGGGCUUUACACUUUGUUUUCAAAGUGGCCAAUCGUAAUGAAACGAUUGAUUUUUACAAACGGAUUCUUGGAAUGAAGGUGUUACGACAUGAAGAAUUUACUGAAGGUUGUAAGGCUUCAUGUAACGGACCGUAUGAUGGGAAGUGGAGCAAAACCAUGAUAGGUUAUGGACCUGAAGAUAAUCAUUUUGUUGUUGAGUUGACUUAUAAUUAUGGGAUUGGUGCUUAUCAACUUGGUAAUGAUUUCCAGUAUAUUCGUAUUCAUAAUAAGGAUGCAUAUUCAAGAAUUAUCGGUGGAUCAUGGCCUAUCUUAUUGAAAGAGUCGAAUUCAGUAAAAGUGGAAGCUCCUGGUGGAUAUUCAUUUUGGGUGCAUAACAGUGAUAGUAACGGGGAUCCAGUUCAAAUGGUGGCUUUAUCUACUUCAAAUCUCAAACGAUCCAUUGAUUAUUGGUCUCACAAACUUAGUAUGACACUUGUAUCAUCUAGCUCAGAUGAAGCGGUGUUUUGUUAUUCACCAAAUCAGUGUAGUUUAAAACUAAUUUCCAUUCAAAAGCCCAUUGAUCAUGCCAGCGCAUUUGGUCGUAUAGCUUUUGCAUGCCCAACUAGUCAAUUACCAAUCUUACAACAAACAAUGGAUUCACAAAAUGAAACGAUUCUUACUCGUCUAGUCAGCUUGGAUACGCCAGGAAAAGCUACUGUUCAAGUGAUUAUUUUAGCUGAUCCAGAUGGUCAUGAAAUCUGUUUUGUUGGAGAUGAAGCUUUUAAACAGUUGUCACAAGUGGAUUCACAAGCGGAUAAUCUACUACAAUCAGCUAUAGCCUCAGAUAAAAGUGAUGAAUGGUUCAAUAAACAUGGUGGCAAGAUAACGAAAUAAAACGAUUGUUUUCAAAUCAUUGCAUCUUGUGUUUACGUUGUCAUGAAUUGUCAUGUGUGGAAUGUUUGAUUUUUUUAUUGUUUUCUUUUCUCUAAUAAUAUACACUGUUAUAUAACA